AUGCCCAUCUUAGCGAGCUUCGCCGGAGCUGCUUGGCCAUUCCUGGCCGCCAUAACUCUGUUGUAUAUUCUCAAGCGAUGGGGCAAACGUAAUGAUUUACCCCCGGGGCCCCCGCGUGUUCUCUUCAUCGGCAAUGCCCAUCAGCUCCCAAAGAUUGACCAACACCUAACAUUCAUGAAUUGGGCGGCUCAAUACGGGGACAUUGUCUACGCUGAGAUCUUUACGCAACCCGUCAUUAUCCUCAGCUCAGCCAAGGCCGCUGUUGAUCUCAUGGAAAAACGCGGAGCGAUUUAUUCCAAUCGACCGCAUCUUGUGUAUUUCAUCGACUUGAUUGGGUGGACUGGAAACAUCGGCUUUGUUCGACUCAAUGAAAGCUGGAGACGUAUCAGGAAGUGGUAUCAGCGAGCGUUCGUCGUCCGGUCGUCCGCGGAUAGUUACCAUCCUAUUCAGUGUCGUGAAGUGCGCCGCUUCCUGUUUGGUCUCAUGCGAAACCCAGUAGACUUUGAGUAUCAGUUGAAACGAUACACUGCAGGGAUAGUCUUCGAGAUUGGUUAUGGAUAUACUGUCACUUCAUGGGAUGAUGAUGAGCUCAUCAAAUUGACGGAAGACGGGAUAAGACAAUGUCUCAUUGGCAGUAGCACUGGCGCGGCUCUAGUGGAUUUUCUCCCAAUUUUGAAACAUCUACCUGCGUGGCUGCCUGGGAUGGGCUUCAAGUAUGCUACCGCGAAUGCGCGAAAGGCUAUCGAGGACAUGGAAGACGCACCCUAUCAAAUGGCCACCGGCACAGCGAAGCCCUCACUGAUGACGACGUUAAUAGAAGAAUGCUCGAGGAAAGGACCUUUGACGGCGGAAGAUGAACACGACAUCAAGGGUGCUACAGGGACAUUGUAUGCGAGUAAGAGUUUCUCUGAUCAUGUCAGCAACCAUGCUGAGCUAUACCUUGACGAUCAGCGAGUACCGACUCGCGGACAGUCUAUGACAAGCAUGAUUGUGUUCAUACUCGUAAUGGUUCAGUAUCCCGACAUCUUCAAGAAGGCACAGGAAGAGAUCACUCGUGUGAUAGGUGAUACAAGACUUCCAGGCUUCGGAGAUAGAACAUCGCUGCCGUAUCUCGAGUGUAUCGUAAGAGAGGUGUACCGUUGGUGUCCGGCGGCGACCACGGCUGUCCCGCACCAGGCCGCGGUAGAUGACGUGUAUCGUGGCUAUCACAUACCCAAGGGUUCGACGAUAAUACCAAACCUAUGGGCGAUAUUCCGAGACCCCGACGUGUACCCAGAUCCGGACGUCUUCAAACCUGAGAGAUUCCUUGGGAUCGACGCAGACGACGACUCUGACCUGAAAGACCCGAAGAAGUUGGUUUUCGGCUUCGGCAGAAGGAUAUGUCCGGGGCGAUACUUCGCUGACGACAACGUGUGGCUUGCUUGCGCCAGCAUGAUAGCCACUAUGGACAUCGGCAAGGCGCGGGAUAAGCACGGCGUGGAGAUCACACCUUCGCCGAAGUUCGUCUCUGGGACCGUCAUGCGUCCUGAGCCGUUUCUCUGCGAUAUUCAACCUCGAUCUGAGAAGAGUCGACAGUUGAUCAUUGAUAGCAGUGCCGAAGUCUGA